UCAUUCAGUUAUCAGUGGGCCCAUCGCUGUAACGUCAAACGCACGCGUUUUAUUGAAUAAUUCAUGUAUCUUGGACGGUUCAAGGUCUAAACUGCGAUCAGUCGAUCGUUCCCGUGAACUAAGUUUUUGCUCUCAUAAGUUUGACCUUAAACAGUUGCUUGUUUACCCUCUACGAUAUGCGUGUGCGCACAUCAGUUUCCUAGUCAUUAAAUUGUGUAUAAUUCUCCAGUGAAACGAUCGCGUUUAUAGUGUUUUUUAAAGCAGUGUAAAAAGUAUAUCAAAAUGAGUAACUUAGAGGCGGCUGUGACUGAUUUUUUCGAAAAUGUCCAAGUCUUCCCUAUUGUACUGGGUGUGGGGUCAGUGGUGUUGAUUACAUCAGUGAUAGCCCACUUUAUAUGGGGAAGGAAACCGGCCAAGAAAGAAGUUCAAGCUGCACCUCCAAAGAAGAGCUCACAGCUCGUCACACUACAGGAUCCUAAUGUGAAGUAUGCUCUACCUCUGAUUGAGAGAGAGGAGAUUAGCCAUGACACAAGGAGGUUCCGAUUCGGUCUACCAACUCCACAACAUGUUCUAGGAUUGCCAAUUGGCCAGCACAUUCAUUUAUCAGCCAAGAUUGACGAUGACCUCGUCAUCAGAGCCUACACUCCUGUUUCCAGUGACGAUGAGAAAGGAUAUGUCGAUCUUGUUAUUAAGGUAUACUUCAAAAAUGUGCACCCUAAGUUCCCUGACGGCGGCAAAAUGUCUCAACACUUGAACAGCCUGAAGAUCAACGACACUAUCGACGUACGAGGCCCUUCAGGAAGAUUGCAGUACGCCGGCAAUGGCAAAUUCCUUAUCAAGAAAUUGAGGAAAGACCCACCCGUAACUGUAAAUGCCAAGAAACUCAACAUGAUCGCAGGUGGCACUGGCAUCGCGCCAAUGCUCCAACUCAUCAGACAUAUAUGCAAGGAUGGCAAUGACCGCACGGAAAUGAGACUUUUGUUUGCCAACCAGACUGAAGAAGACAUCUUGUUAAGAAAUGAACUGGAAAAGUACCAAUCUGAACACCCUGAGCAGUUCAAAGUGUGGUACACUCUUGACAGACCUAGCGAAGGCUGGAAAUACAGCGUGGGCUUCAUCAACGAUGAGAUGAUCAGUCAGCAUCUGUUCCCGCCAGGCGAUGACGUCAUAGUCCUCAUGUGUGGACCUCCUCCAAUGAUCAACUUCGCUUGCAACCCGGCUCUCGAGAAACUCGGCUUCGCUGAAUCACAACGCUUCGCAUAUUAAAAACUGGGAAUGUUUAACUAGAAUAGAUUGGUUUGGAAUGUUGCCGCGUUAGUACGUUGUUAUUUUUAUUUAAAUGGGUAGUUUUCAGCUUUGUAGUUUGUUAUUUGUAUAUAAAAAAUGCAGGAAUUUACCAAGUACGCACAAAUAGAAAUUGACUAAGGAUAAUUCCUUAGUCUUUUAAGACAGCUUUAUUUUAUAUUUCAAAAACUGAGCCUAGUCUCAAUAUUGUUCCAAUUUUCGCAUUUUUAUGUCAGCUAGUUAACUGCCAAUUCCAAUUAUUUGUAUGUAUGUAUUUUGAGUAUAUGGGUAUGUAAAGCAAUAUUAGGAACAUCACUGAUUGGUUGAAGUCACAAACGUACGAAAUAACUUGGUUUGUCCGAGAUUACUACGUAUGAGUAUUUUAUAUACAAUUGAUAGCAAUAAAAACUCGUUAUGUUUGUAUGUGAGAGUUUUUGAAAUAGUCUGUGUCUAGCUGUUGUUGAUUAUUUAAGUACACAUUACUAAUUGUAGUGAGUAACCGCAGUACAUAAAAUAAAAUAUUAUUGUUACAUA